GGGACAUCUCGUGCACCAGGGCCAAACAAGCAUAGUGUUCUUUUCUUCUUUUUUGCUUGGUCUUCGCUUUUAUGGCCAAUGCGGCCUCAAAGACGCCAUUGACGUAAUGGCGAGAUGAAAAUUAGAUCGAGCUCGUCAUGAUCACCACCAACUCUGCGGCACGAGACAAGCAUGUCAUCCUUCGACCAUUAGGGCAUAUGCUAAGCUCUGCUAAGCAACCCGGCGCGCAUGGGUUCCAAACGAAAAGUGCUGAUUCAUUGCUUGUCAGCGCCGAAGGGUGGAAUCCAGAGAAUCACCCGAAUUCGCUUAGUGUCAGUGGGGGCUUCGAGGUUACAGUAGCCAGGCAGAUCGCAGGAGACACACGUCGACUUUUAUCGCAAGCUUGGCAGUCUCAUGACUACAGAAUGUCUGACUGAGUCGUCAAUUACUUUUUCCGCCGACUUUCGGGGGUACCUGGACGGGCCAACGGCCUUCCCGAUCUUGAGUCCCUUCCGGUUCCGAGU